AUGCAGGGCAGACUACUCCCCGCUGCUUGGACGGUUCGCCUCGGCGGAGAUGCUGUUGCUGUAUCUAUUCUGGGUUGGGUUCCCUUCCCCCACCCCACGUUGCUUGAACCGAAUCCUCGGAUCUGUUCUAUAGCUUUUAUAAACAAAUACUUGACAAAACUCUUCCUUCAUGAAUACUGUUUAUCUUCAAACAUAUUUUGUAACAAUAGCAUGCAUCCUUGGAACAGGCAUUUUGGGAUUACCAGUAACUCUGGACAAUUCUGGUUUUUACCCAUUUCUUGUGGUGUUUAUAAUUGCAUUUUCUAUGCAGGUACGUGCUUUUUUGUUUACAUUUCUAUCUGUUCUAAAAAUCAGCUUUUAGUUUCUGGGGCAUUUAUUUUCAAUGAGAUCCUGCAGAAAGCCUAUGCUAUUCAAGUCAAAUAUGAUAAGUCAGAGUUGUUGCCCUUGAAUGAGAUGAUGGAUGAAGAUACAUGUGAUGAACUGGAAGGUCAACCUGAGAAUGGAGGUCCAGUAUUGGCAGGGCAUGUCAUACUUACGGAACAGAAAGGUAUAAGAUCACCUGACCUGCAUCUCUUAGGGGAGAUGUUCCUAUGUUAUGGCAUUAGACAUGUCUUUGACAUCAUCAUUGUUUUAGAGCUGAUGACAAUGUGUAUUGCUUAUUCACUUGCAGGCAGUGAAGCCUAUGGUGAAAUACUUGGAAUCAAUUACAUAUAUGUGAUUCCUGUAUUUACUUGGUGUCUCGCCUUACUCGUAGUUUUUGCUGUUAACCUUGUUCAACCUGUUGUCUCAAUACUUACUUUUAUUAAGGCAAGCCUUUUCACUAUGGCUGUGAUUGUAACAUUCUUUGUAACUUCAGAAGUGCAAGAAAAUGUCAAAAAUAAUUUUAAUUAUAUUCAAGAUUCUUUUCUGAUGAGCACAGUUGCUUUAGGUGGCAGUUUCUUAGUAAUGCCAUUUUUAUUUAGAAAAAUUGAAAAUGAUGCCUCACAGAUUCAAAAAUAUCGACUUGCAGUUGUAAUGGCUCUUGUCACUUGUACAAUUCUGAAUAUUUUGUGGUGUUGGGCUGUGAUUGAAAUUGUACCCCAACACUGUACACCAAUGAUUGGAACUAACCAAUCUUCUCAUUCUCCAGUUCCAUGCAACUCACUGAAAAGUGCAAAAGAAAAUGGAGAAAUCUCAACAGAGCCACUGACAAGAAUCAUUCGUCAUAAGCAUCCAUCUUUCCUUUGGGUGGCUAUAGUUGUUGAAGUGUUUAUAAUGAUAAGCAUCACUGUCUCCUUUAUGACAAUGGGUACAGCCAUGCAUCAUACAAUUUGUGGCAUUGUUGAAUCCAAUUUACCAAAAUGCUUUUCAUCAAAAUAUACAGAAGAAUCAAAAAAAAAAGUGGAUAUUGGUAAAAAAUGUACUUCAAGUUUUAUAUCAUUAAUACUCUUUGGAAUAAUAUUUAUAAUUGCAAUGUUGAACCCAAAGGGAUUUCUGGAUGUGAUGGAGAAAUUUACAUCAAGUGCUUUAAAUGGGGUGAACAUUUUAAUUUUCACCAUGUUUUUGACAACAAGAAACAAAGAAAACAGCAAAUUGAAGAUUCCUCUUCCCUUACCCAACAUGGUGAUGCCUUUCAUCUUUCUUCUUCCUUUAUUUUUUGGAUUUGCCAUUGGCUAUGAUAUUUAUUUCUCAGUUAUGUCUUCCUUGCAUCAUUAA